CGAACGACCGAGCGCCCGUCCGGCGGACACCGGCGGUCCGCCGUUGCCGUUCUCACUGGGCCCAUGCCGCGCCGGCUGUCACCGCAGUCGACGCUCGUACGCGCGCACGUCAACACCCGCGGCCCGUCCGGUGCGCUCGUCCCUGCCCGGUUAGGCAACAGGAAAACGUUGAAAACGUCGACGAUGGUCUAUUUCACGGAGAAACUCAUACACGAGAUACGCGACCGGUCGUGCAUAUGGGACACGGCCGACAUGAACCACCUCAACAAGGAAGUGUUGGCCAACAUGUGGACGGAGAUCGCGGAGAACCUUUAUUCCGACUGGCACGAUCUGAGCGCUUUCGACCAACGCGACAGAGUGGCCGACGUCAAAAAGAAAUGGACCAACAUCAAGGACUCGUUCGUCAAGGACGUCAAGGGCAACAAACCGAGAAAGUCCCGGGGUCCGCCGGAGCACAGGAAGAAAUACUAUCUGUUCGAUCACCUGCAGUUCUUGAUACCGUUCAUCCAGGACACCAAAGGGACGGCGGCCGGCAGCGGGCGGACGGCCGCGGACGGGACCGAGGAGCCGAAGAAGAAGAAGACGCGAAAGACGACCGGCUCGUCGCGGACGCACGGCGGGACGACCGUCGGCGCGCCGGAACAGAUCGCGGUAAAACCGGAGAUGCCGGCGGACGUGCAGCAGCACGUGGACGCGUUGAACGGCGUGGCGGGCAAGUCGGCGGCGGACGCGAUGUGCCAGCUGGACGGCGACCUGUCGUUCAUGGUGUCGCUGCUGCCCACGGUCAAGUCGCUGAACGAGAAGCAAAAGAUCAACUUCAAAAUCGGCGUGCUGCAACUGUUGGCCCGUAUCAAGUUCAACGAGGUGGUGAUGCAGCAGCAGCAGCAGCAGUACCCCGCAUCGGACGCCGCCGCUGCCGCGGCCGCGGCCGCAGCAGCCGUGUACCAGCCGUUCGUCGCGCCCGACCUCAGGUGUUUCCCGGUGCCGUACCAGCCGAGCAUACCGUUCCCGUUCAUCAACCACCACCAGGCGGCCGUGUCGUCCACGCAGCAGCAGCACGGCGUCCAUCAAACGGCGGCCGCGAGCUGUUCGUCCACCGCGGCGGCCGCGCGGUCCAUGAAGCACGAGUCCAGCCCGCAAACGUCUUCGUUCUUCGACACGGACGACGGAGGACCCGAAUACGAUUCCGACGACAAUUAACCGCCGGCGCAACGGUCUGCGGCGUUUGUUCGUUAAAACUCACCGCCCCGCGCACACGGUUUGUAAAUUACGAUUGUAAUUUUUUUUUCUCCCUCCCCCACCCACACCUUUUCGUUUUGUAAGAUUAUGUUGGAUGUUUAUUACUUCCCUCCCCCCGCACACCAAAUGUACACACUGUGCACAGCGCAUGUAUUGUAAUAAUAUGAACCCGUAAUGUAUGAACGGAGAUAAUAUAUAAAUAUUUGUACCAUAA